CCAUAAUAUUUUGCUGGCACUCGUCUUUUACGCACAGCCGCGGCGUGACUCUGCUGUCUGCACUCUCUGUGUGAUCCAGAGCCUUUUUACGCACGGGUCUUGCUGUGAACUCACCCACCACUCCUCCAUAACCUGCGCUCAUCAUAGCUGACUGACCCUUCCGUUGCUGUCAACUAAGAAGAAGUAAGGAGGAGAGGACAUGUUUGGGAUGUGGAGGAGAUUCACCGGGCUGUCAACAUGUUGGUGUCUGCUGAUGCUGAUUCAUUUUUUGCCCCAAGCAGAUGCAGUCUACACAUGCAGCUCCACUCAGUUUACAUGUGGAAAUGGGAGGUGCAUCACCCGCAAGUGGAUUUGUGAUGGAAGUGACGACUGUGGUGAUGGAACUGAUGAACUGCCUGCAACCUGCGCAACCAAAACCUGUCUGCCGACAGAGUUCAAUUGCGGCCCUCCCAGGAACCAGUGUAUACCAGGAGGCUGGCACUGUGACGGCAGGGCUGAAUGUGACAACGGAGCAGAUGAAGAAAACUGCAUGGCCAAACAAUGCAGCGCCAGUGAGUUUCGCUGUGGCAACGGCCAAUGUAUUUCCAAGUCCUUCGUUUGCGACAGGGACAACGACUGUUCAGACGGCUCAGAUGAGGCUUCCUGCCCCAAACCCAGCUGUAGUUCUGGUUCCUUCCAGUGCAACAACUCAGUGUGUGUGCUGGCCACGUGGCGCUGCGAUGGAGACAAGGACUGCGCCGACGGGUCAGAUGAGUGGCCACAGAACUGUGUGGGACAGGAGCCCAAGAAGACGCCGGCACUCUGUGGUGUCCACUACUUCCAGUGUGCAAAUGGGGACUGUAUCCACAGUGGCUGGAGGUGUGAAGGAGCCAAUGACUGCCGGGAUGGAUCGGACGAGGUCAACUGCACUCGCCCUACUUGUCGCCCAGAUGAGUUCCGGUGUAAUGAUGGUGCCUGUAUCCAUGGCAGCCGCCAAUGUGACAAAAUACCUGACUGCAGGGACCAGAGUGAUGAAGCCGACUGCCAAAAAGAAAAUGUAUGCGAGGGUCCCACUAUGUUCCAGUGUGGCAGCGGGGAGUGUAUCAGCAUGGACAAAGUGUGCGACACACGGAGAGAUUGCAUAGACCGGUCCGAUGAACCUGGCAAUGAGUGUGAGAACAAUGAGUGUUUGACCAAAAAUGGUGGAUGCUCCCAUUUCUGCAACAACAUGAAGAUUGGCUACAACUGUUCCUGCCCAGCUGGAUACAGGCUGAAGAUGGACAAGAAAACCUGUGAAGACAUCGAUGAAUGUGCUGAGCCAGACACUUGCAGUCAGAUCUGCAUCAACCUGCCCGGCAGCUACAAGUGUGAUUGCGAGGAGGGCUAUGAGAUCGACCCCGUGAGCAAGACAUGCAGGGCUGAAUUAGGCACCGUGCCCACCCUCAUCUUCACCAAUAGACACGAGGUGAGGAAGAUGGCGGCGGACCGCAGUGAUUACGUUCGUCUGAUCCCCCAGCUAAAGAAUGUGGUGGCUCUGGACAUGGAUAUACCGAACAAGAUGCUCUUCUGGUCUGACCUGUCGCUGAAGAAAAUUUACAGCUCCCACAUAGACAUGGCCGGUAACUCCUCUUACCAUACUGUGGUAAUUGGCAGUGGCAUCGAGGCCCCAGAGGGCAUUGCGGUGGAUUGGAUCCAUGGCAACAUCUACUGGACUGACAGCAUUUUGAAGACAAUCUCUGUGGCAACAACAGACGGCAGCAAGAGGAAGACCCUGAUCACAGAGAACCUGCAGAAGCCAAGAGCCAUCACAGUCGACCCUGUAAAUAACUUUAUGUACUGGACAGACUGGGGUGAGGAGGCCAAGAUAGAGAAGAGCGGGUUAAAUGGAGCAGAUCGUGUUGCCUUGGUAACAGAUAACAUCAUGUGGCCCAAUGGCAUCACCCUGGACAUGGUCAACCAGCGUCUGUACUGGGUGGACUCCAAGAUGCACACUCUCUCCAGCAUUGAUGUGAACGGAGGGACAAGACACAGUGUCGUUUUCAGCGAGCAGAAGCUUGCCCACCCCCUCUCUCUGACCGUCUUUGAGGAGAAAGUGUUUUGGACAGACUUGACCAACAGUGCUGUUUUCAGUGCCAGUCGCCUGACAGGGAAUGACAUCACUCAGCUGGCAUCUGACCUGGUCCAGCCAGAGGACAUCAUACUGUACCACAACCUCAAGCAGCCAAUUGGUACAAACUGGUGCAGAGAGAGCAACAAUUUGAAUGGAGGAUGCGAGUUUCUGUGCCUCCCUGCCCCUCUGAUCAACGAACACUCACCCAAAUACACGUGCGUCUGUCCUGACCACAUGGCCAUGGGACCUGACAUGAGGAAAUGUGUGACAGCAGCCACAGUUGCCCCUCCUCCCAAAGAAGAAACUGGCACACCACUCCCGCCCAAAGCUCCCACCAAGCCACCUGCAAAACCAAGGCAGCCUGUCCCUACUACUCCUACUACAACUACAACUACAACCACAACUACCACCAUAGUGACCAAAAAACCCACAACUACCUCAUCUAGCCAGCCCACGCAGCAGCCUGCUGCUAGUGCUCAAGGUAACAGAUUGGCAGCCUUGCCCGCAGAAGCUCCUUCAUCCCACCCUGUUGCUCUCUACAUCGUGCUGCCAAUACUGAUCAUGGCCCUAGUGGUCUUUGGAGCUGUGUUGCUAUGGAGACACUGGCGUCUGAAGAACACCAACACCAUCCACUUUGACAAUCCAGUGUACCAGAAAACCACAGAGGACGAACUACACAUCUGCAGGAACAGCUCUGACGGCUACGUUUAUCCUCAGAGGCAAAUGUUGAGCAUGGAGGACAUGGAUGUUGCAUGACCCCAAGAUGAAGAAGACACGAGCUUUAUUUAAAGUGAUUUUUUUUCUGAUGCAAAAAUCAAGCAACAAAGGCCUUUUUUCUGCUGCUGCUGCUCAACAGCCCCUUUCCGUCCCUUCCCCCUCAGUGAGCUCAUUCUGUGGCUUAUGUUUCUGACCUCAGCACUGUGCCGUCCAAGUCUGACUAAAGUACUGAAAAAAAAGAAAGAAAAAGAUCUUUGAAAAUCAAGUGUAGCAGAACUACAGGAUGCCAUUUAUUCAGACCACAAAAUGGUUUCAAAAUGAAGGAAUAAUCCGUGGUUCAGACGAUAAUGUUCUUAAUCCCAGAGCUUUGACUCUUUGAAGCUGUCUGAAAAAUGUCUUACUUCGCCACCAACAGAUUGCCUCAGUAUGUUGAUUAAAUACACAAAACACAAGUCAAAAAAGCCUGACCUAUGCUGUCUUAACACUUGUGUGCCUUCCAUCCACAAUUUAGCGACAUUGAUUGAUGUGUAUAAAGCCCUGUCUGUACAUAUACAGAUAUUUUCGUUAACUGACUUCUCGUCCACACACAAACUGAGUUUUAGGUCAGAGAGAUGAAGGUUUAUCUAUACAGGUACUGUGUGUAUAUAUAUAUAUAUAUAUAUAUUUGUAAAAUGGAGCAUUUGGGAAAUGAUGACAUCAUCUCCUCAGUACACUCAUGCCAUUCUUGAUUUGUGUAAAGUGUACUAGAAACAACAACAAUGAUGGAUUACCAGUUUGCUAAUGUUUUGUUAGCACUGCUUGGUCUAAUGAUUACUUUACCCAUAAACUGUAGGACAAGUACUGCUGCACCACUUCACAGACAAAUUGAGGCUUCUCCGCAUUUAAAGUUGGCAGAUGGUGGGACACUUUUAAGAGUGGCAUUGUUGUUGAUGAGGAAUGAAAGGAAAAGUUUUGCAGAGCACCACUUGUAUGUUUUGAAUGAGCUCCUUCAUCCUUAUAUCAAAAAUAAAUCAACAGUAAUGACAUCCAAGUGGGUGUUUUGAAGAAGGUAAUGUUAGCCUGUGCACUUUACAGCGUUUUUGAUGAAGGGAGACCACUCAUGUUGAAGACAAUGAUAGAGCAUUUGCGCUUUUGCAUUUUAGUGUGGACAGAGAUAUUUUGUAAGAUGAAGGUUGUGUGGACAGAAUUACUUUUUUAAAACUGAGGGAAAAUAUUUGUUUUGAAAAAUGUCUGUAUAUGUGUAGACAAGGGCCUAAAUGCCUUACUGACCCCACUACUUUCCACAGCAGUUUCUGUGAUAGUUAAUGCUAUAGUGUUUUAUCCCCGGGUAGUGAUGGCCUUCAUAAUUCCACUGCGGCCUUCUCUCCUCUUAAGUUGCACACUUUGUUGGUUCCCAUAUCUUUGACAUUUGUCUCUGCUGUCAGCCAUCAUGGUUCCCUUUAAAUCAAUACUCUUAUGUUAUUUUAUUUCCCAUUGUGACCCAUUUUCAAACAAGGUUACUGAGUGUGGGGAAGCACAGAUGGUGUACAUUGUAAAUGGAAAAGCUGCUGAGUUUUCUGAAGUCAACCAAAAUGAAGAAAAUGUCCUUUUUUAAAUGAAGGUAGUUCAUUAAAAAGUGAUUGUAUGCGAUUACUCAUCAUAAUACUGUAAAUAUUUUCUGUACAUACUUUGUAAAACUCUCUUAAGUUCUCUCUGGUGUUGCCUUUUUACAUUUGUAAAUUGUAAUCAAGAGAUGUUGUAAAUAUGUAAGAGAUUCUUUUAUUUAUUUAUGGAAAUAUAGUAGAGAAGGUUUUUGAUUUUUGUUGUCAGGCUGUAAAUACAGUAAAACUAUCGGAGCGCCUACUACGGUGUAUUGUUUUUGUUCCAGCUUAGCCAGUCUAACCAUUACAUUGUACAGCUGUUAUUUAAGUUAUGUUCAAUCAAAACUUUGGUCAUCUGCUCAGUUUAGUGUGUGCGACAUCCUAUAUGAGUCACUACUGCAGGGUAGUGCUGUGUGUUACAGAGAAAUGCUAGAGAAGCUCUCUGUUUGUUUUUUAGUGAUACAUUACAUAAUUUAUUUUGCUUCAGCUUUCCUGUUACUUUGACUUUUUGUUGUCACUGUGAGAUGAAGGCACAUACUGUAGUGUCAAAGCACGACGUUCUCUGUCACAGCAAAAUGUAUGAAUGGACAAGGAUUGAUGCACAACAGCCUGCUUGUUAAUGCGCAUACUUUGUUGUUUUUGGUUGUGUUGGUCUUUUUUAAAUAAAAUAAAUUAUUUUAAAA